ACUCGUCUCGGUCCGAAAAAUGUGUUCACGAUGUCCGGUGGCCCGAGUCCCAAGCUAUCCGCGUUAUUCCCAAGAACUGGAAACGGUACGAAGCCGAAAAGCAAGAUUUGCAAGCUGACUUCGUCCAAGCCCUCGCUGCCCCCCAUACCAGGAAGCCCGAAGAAGUCUCAAAAAUCGAACUCCGAUUCUCCUGCAUCGAGUCCUGCCAAAUCGUACACGUCGGUCUCGUCCACGUCCCCUCGAAGGAUCCCACCGAGCGUAGAAUCGUCGAAAAAGUCGGCCAGAAAGUAUCCUCAGCUGGAGGAUCGACAGCAGGCGUUGAACGCUCAUCAGCACAGUCCGAAAGCGUCACCAAAGCGUUCUCCUCGUAGAUACGUGUCGGUGUUCGAGGAGGAUCUGCAGAUCGAGAUGGGCCUGGGUCUACGAGUGUCCACGAGCUGCGGCGAGGAGCCAGAGAUGUCCUUUCUGGAGUUCGAGUCGCUGUAUACGUUGGAGAAGGAAUUGAUGCAGUCGCGACAGGAUGUGGGUCAAGUAGACGACAAGUGCGUUGGCGGGUGGAUGGGUAGACGGGGUCUUUACACGGAAUUACCUGACCCUCUGUACCAGCAAGCAACUCCUGGGGCUUCUGUACCGUCGCAGAUCCCGGUGGAGGGGUUCAGCUUCGCGCCAGGAUGGUCUCUGAACGUGGAGCACUUCUAUCAGUGGCAGCACCGAGGCAAGACCACGCAGCAGGUUUGGAUGAUUUUUUACAUUUCUUCGAUACUGGAUCAUGUCGCAUGUUUCGCCAUCGAGGACGUAAGGUAA